UGGAACAGAUAAUUUCAGCCUCAUGACAGAUUUUCUCUACAAAACAACUUGAGAUCCUGUUAGAAUAAAACCCGACCAGCUUCUUGUUCUUUUCUCUGCGUCUGUUCUUCAGAAAGUGAGUUAAAGCAGGAGAGAUGGGCUUUGGUUGCGUAAUGACCACGGACAGAGACGCUGCAGGAAUAGAAAGCAGCGCUACACAAAGGCGCGCGUUCUGUAAUUGCAUGAGCGGCGAGGAGAUGGAUCACGCUGCUCGUCAUUAAGCUUCUCACAGAAGCUCCAGCGAGGUCAGACUCCUGCUGCAGAGAACCCAGCUGCAGACCUGAUGACCAGCUCCCAGCGUUUGUGAAGGUCACAUCCGGCCGUAAACGGGUUUGGACUCGCCAGGCCUCCUGUGGAGACGGACUGCUUCUUCAGACAAAUUUGGAGAACCUGAUAUCGACUUCCUGCCUGUUGCUUUAUGCGCAGCAGCUAAUUAUAGACGGCUGAGAUGGACCUGUGGAUUCUGGAGCUCAGUUCCGGGUUUGAUCCACCAGAAACUCAUAAGAACGCCUUUAUGGUUGGAUAGUUUCACACCAGCAGUUUUCUCCUCUUGACCCUGAGACAUGCGGUUCUGCUGCAGCUUCAGAUGUGUUGAUGGACGUCCAUCAGUCUGUGGUGGAUCCGUGACUCCACCUGUCAGAACACAAGCGUGUGAUCUGCUGCAUCCAGCUGUGAGGUGUUUGCCGUGAUGAUGAGGCGUCCUGAUGGUCCUCGCUCUCUCCAGCUCCUCCCCUGACCUUCAGCUCCAUAAAGACGGAGGCGAUGAGCAGAUGUUGGAUCACUCUGCUCUGACGGAGACGACCUCCACGCUCUGAAACCCUCAGGACCAUCCAGAACCAUGCUUACCAAGAAGCCACAUGAAGCAGACGAAUCCUCGGAUGCUGUGAACUCGGAGAAGCUGCUCUGCGGUAAAGAGCCGCUGAGAGCAGCGGAGGAGAGCCGUGGCGGUCUGGGGAAGCCGUCAUGCUCCAAGAAGAGAACAGCAACCAUCAUAUUCACUCUGAAGAAUGAGGUGGGGGGUCUGAUUAAGGCUCUGAAGCUCUUCCAGGAGAAGCACGUCCACCUGGUCCACAUCGAGUCCCGGAAGUCCAAGCGCAGAGACUCCGACUUUGAGGUCUUCGUGGACUGUGACAGCGAGCAUGAGCAGAUGAAGGAGCUGACUCAGCUGCUGAGCACGCACGCUCAGAUCGUGGAGAUCUCCCCGUUCGGGGGGUGCCCUCCUCUGACUGAAAACGACGGCGCCGAGGCUCCAGAACCAGACGGCGUGCCCUGGUUCCCCAAGAAGAUUUCCGAUCUGGACCAGUGUGCAAACCGGGUGUUGAUGUACGGCUCCGAGUUAGAUGCUGAUCAUCCGGGAUUUAAAGAUGGAGUUUACCACCAAAGAAGACAAUACUUUGCUGAUGUGGCCAUGACCUUCAAACAUGGAAAUCGGAUUCCCAAAAUCAGCUACACAGCGGAGGAGGUGCGUACCUGGGGCGUGGUCUUCAGGGAGCUCAACAAGCUGUAUCCUAGCCACGCCUGCAAGGAGUACCUGAAGAACCUCCCUCUGUUGACCAAGGACUGUUGCUACAGCGAGGACAACAUCCCUCAGCUGGAGGACGUCUCAAAGUUCCUGAAGGAGCGAUCAGGGUUCACCAUCCGGCCGGUUGCGGGGUACCUGUCCCCUCGGGACUUCUUAGCCGGUCUGGCGUUCAGAGUGUUUCACUGCACUCAGUACGUCCGCCACAGCUCAGAGCCUCUGUACACUCCUGAACCGGACACAUGCCACGAGCUGCUGGGUCACGUCCCCCUGCUGGCGGAGCCCAGCUUUGCUCAGUUCUCUCAGGAGAUCGGCCUGGCAUCCCUGGGCGCUUCGGAUGAUGCUGUUAAAAAGCUGGCCACGUGCUAUUUCUUCACCGUGGAGUUCGGCCUUUGUAAGCAAGACGGCAAGCUGCGAGCCUACGGAGCCGGACUGCUGUCCUCUGUCAGUGAACUCAAGCAUUCUCUGUCAGGCAAGGCCAAUAUCCUCCCCUUUGACCCCGUUCUAACAUGCAACCAGGAGUGCAUGAUCACCACCUUUCAAGAAGCUUACUUUGUCGCUGAAAGCUUUGAGGAAGCCAAGAACAAAAUGAGGGAGUUUGCAAAGACCCUUCAUCGGCCUUUCACUGUGCAUUACAACGCUUACACUCAGAGCGUGGACGUUCUGACCAACACCCACAACAUCAACAGCAUGGUGAAGGACAUCCGGCACGAGCUCGACAUUGUAGAAGAAGCUCUGAACCAACUCAGCAAACCCCUGAGAGGAAGAGGAAUGUCCUGGAAAUCUGUGGCUCCAUCCUGAGAGGAUUCAUUCUCAUACAAAUGUAUUUUUAGCUUGAAUAAAGGCUUUAACACA